AUGUCUGCCAGCUAUCUUGUUACGGUGACAGCAAUUGCCUGCUGUUUUCUGGGUGUAACAGCGGUCUGGACACGUGAGUUACAAGACCAGCUGGUAAAUGUAAGGAGUGUCACAUUUCUAAUUACAGUGAAUGACACGUGGGAUCCUAAUGGAUGUAUUGCAACUGUGAAAACACCUCCUCUAAAACCAAACGUCAAGUACAACCGUACUGAGCAAAUUCAUGUUGGAUCAUGUGACCACGGGCCGUUGAAUUAUCGGGUUUCGGCUCUCAAUGAUAGUAUCAGCGCCAUGAAAGUUGAUUUAGUGUUUCACUCGUCCGUAGUAGAAGAUGCCGAUCCUCCUAAAUGCAGCAUUGGAUGGAAUGGAACUUACCUGGUCCCCAAGGCUUCCAACAAUACAGACCAGUCUCUACUCCCGGGCUGUAUGACGGGUGAUUCCAGGGAGGGCUAUCAUAUGACUUAUUAUUGGUUUCAUAUUCUGGAAUGGUCAUUCUAG